AUCCCUGUGUGUGCCCGUUUAGAGAAGCGCUCGCCACCUGACGCCCCAGCUCUGCCCGAACUGCGCCAGCUGCCGAGAUGCCCGUGGCUGCUACCAACUCCGACCUGGCCAGUGGCUUCUGCCUCCUCCGCCCUUCCCCACGUGGCGAAAGCGUCGGGCUCGGCCCCAUCCAUCGCCUGGGCGGGCGAGCUGUCAGGGCAGUGGGAUCUGGAGACGGUCGCCGUGGCAGCCAGCUCGGGUACCCGCGUCUCUGAGCAGCAGUGCGGAAGCCUGUUUCUGAGCAUCCCUGACCGCAGCCAUGAGCAGCAGCCCCGCCAGUGGCGUCUCCUUGGAGGGGAUCUCGCUGGAUUCCUCCGAGGAGUCCGAGCUCCGCAGGGAAGCCAUGCAGCAGGUGCUGGACAACCUGAGCGACCUGCCCAACUCCACCGGGGCGGCCGACCUGGAUCUCAUCUUCCUCCGAGGCAUCAUGGAGAGUCCAAUAGUAAGAUCUUUGGCUAAGGCCCACGAGCGCCUGGAGGAGACCAAGCUGGAGGCCGUGAGGGACAAUAACGUGGAGCUGGUGCAGGAGAUCCUGCAGGACAUCGCCCACGUCGCUGGGAGCAACAGCACGGCCGCCGAGCUGGCACGCAUCCUGCAGGAGCCCCACUUCCAGUCUCUCCUGGAAACCCACGACUCGGUGGCCUCCAAGAGCUACGAGACGCCCCCGCCCAGCCCCCUCCUGGACCCCAUGUUCAACAACCAGCCGGUGCCGCCGGAUGCCGUGCGCAUGGUGGGGAUCCGCAAGACGGCCGCCGAGCACCUGGGCGUGACCUUCCGGGUGGAGCGGGGCGAGCUGGUGGUCGCCCGCAUCCUGCACGGCGGCAUGAUCGACCAGCAGGGCCUGCUGCACGUGGGCGACGUCAUCAAGGAGGUGAACGGCAAGGAGGUGGGCAACGACCCCAAGGUGCUGCAGGAGAUGCUGAAGAAUGCCACCGGCAGCGUGGUCCUCAAGAUCCUACCCAGUUACCAGGAGCCUCCCCCGCCCCGACAGGUGUUUGUGAAGUCCCACUUUGACUACGACCCGGCCAGCGAUAACCUGAUCCCCUGCAAGGAGGCAGGGUUAAAAUUCACUGCCGGGGACCUGCUGCAGAUCGUCAACCAGGACGACCCCAACUGGUGGCAGGCCUGCCACGUGGAGGGCGGCAGUGCCGGCCUCAUCCCGAGCCAGCUGCUGGAGGAGAAGCGGAAGGCGUUUGUGAAGCGCGACCUCGAAGUCCCCCCCACAUCUGGUGCCCUAUGCGGCAGCAUCAGUGGGAAGAAGAAGAAGAGGAUGAUGUACCUGACCACGAAAAAUGCGGAGUUUGACCGGCACGAGCUGCUGAUCUACGAGGAGGUGGCCCGCAUGCCCCCGUUCCGCAGGAAAACCCUGGUGUUGAUCGGGGCCCAGGGCGUCGGGCGACGCAGCCUCAAGAACAAGCUGAUCAUGUCGGACCAGGCCCGCUACGGGACCACCAUCCCGUACACUUCGCGGAAGCCCAAGGACCACGAGAGGAACGGCCAGGUCUACUGCUUCAUGUCGCGGGGGGAGAUGGAGGCGGACAUCAAGGCUGGCCGCUACCUGGAGCACGGGGAGUACGAGGGGAACCUCUACGGCACCAAGAUUGACUCCAUCCACGAGGUGGUGGAGUCCGGCAAGAUGUGCAUCCUGGAUGUGAACCCGCAGGCAGUGAAGGUGCUGAGAACGGCUGAAUUCGUCCCCUACGUGGUCUUCAUCGAAGCCCCGGACUACGAGACACUCCGAGCCAUGAACAAGGCAGCGCUGGAGAGCGGUGUGGCCACCAAGCAGCUCACGGAGGCGGAUCUGAAGCGGACGGUGGACGAGAGCUGCCGCAUCCAGCGUGGCUACGGCCACUACUUCGACCUCAGCCUGGUCAACGACAACCUGGAGUGGACAUUCCAGCAGCUGCAGGAGGCCCUGGAGAGGCUGCGCGCAGAGCCCCAGUGGGUCCCUGUCAGCUGGGUUUACUAGGACGCUGGGAGCGAAGGCCUCCCCACCCUGCCCCCACGCGGAGGGCACUGCCGACCCGCCUCCCCUCCGCCCUCCCUCCUGCACAAACCACGACGUCUCAAAGCCAAGGAACCCGGAUCCCCUGCCUGCGUCCCAGGCCUGUCUUCGGGGGAGCUGCGGCCCGAGACAGGUCUCGUCCCCCCAAGGGCAGGCGCUAGCUGGAGCUGCCAGUAGGGGGUGGCGAGGCAGGGAACUGGGUGCUCGUUGAACAUCCCCUUCCCCCUCCCCCUGAGUUUUAACCAACUUUGCCAGAGUUAGAGAGUUUCUUGCAGACAUUCCCGAGGGGCACCCCCAGUGGAGAACCCUUCUCUGCCCUGGACACGUGGCUGGGGGGCAGUGGCCCCCCAUUUCCUUCCAGGAAGGGCUAGGGUGGCCAUGGGGAGGGUUGAGAGAGCAGCCCAAGGCGGGGCAGUGCCCAGGACACUAAACACAGCCUCUUUAGUGCCCGGAGUGGGCACCGGGUCCCCCUUCAAGCCAGCCCCAGGGCUGUGCCCGGAGCCAGAUCCCAGCAGCCGGCAGAGGGAGGUGGGCAUGAGGAAGGCAGUGUGAAGCGUGCCGCAGGAGGUGCACAGAGCUGGGGAUGCCAGCUGGCACCUCCCUCCAUCCCUGCGCGUUCUCCCUUUCUCACCCAGCUGCCCGCUCCAUGCCCAGGCUGCAUCCCCCUUCCUGGUCCUGAGCUGCCCUCUCUGUGCAGAGGUGCCUGGCACCACCUCCAGCAGCUCCCCGGAGCAGCUUGGGGCAUCUCUCCUCACUGGCCUAGGCCAGGGGAAAUCUCAAUAGGGACCAACCGGCUCAGGAACAGGGAUGUUCCUGGCCAUCUUUCUUCAUCGUUCCCCACUGGGCCAGCGGGGUGGGGACGAGGGUGCAGCGGGGCGGGUUCGGAGCCCAUCACCUCCCUGGGCUAGAGCAUCAGAUUCUCCCUUAACCCGUGUCUGGGGUUCGGGGCAGGAGGCUGGUCCACCAGGGAAAUGAGCUUGGUGGGCUCAGUGGGCUUCUUGGAUCAACCGUAGAGACUAACUCACUAAUUCCCCACCGUGAAUCCACAGCUGCUCCUCAGCAAAGACUGAUGAGUUAUUUCAGGGCUGGCUGGCUGCGGGGGCAGAAUUUCCGAGGAAAUUACUGGCCAGUUUGGUGCUGCGGGAGAGAUCAGUCCCGUCCCAGGACAACAGGCGCACCUUAGCGAGCCCAGUCCAAAAAUCGGCAUGGUUCCGAUGCCCUACCUGAAAGAGACGAAGCCACCACGUGCCCUGCCUCACCUGCUCCCACAGAAAACCCGUGAUGGAUUCAUCCGGAGUGGGCCACCGCUCUGGACGACCCAGAGCAGAAGGAAUCUUCUGGGGAGAUCUGCACCAAGCAAAUGCACAGCUAUCUCACUGCCGAAAAUUCAGCUCAGUUUACAGACCCAGCCCCCGCCUUCCGGCUCCGAACCGGAUAGAUUAUUCCCUCCUCCCAAUUUGAACUUUUGCAAAUGUCCCAGCGAUGGUCGGAAAAGCUGCCCCGACUUCCCCCCCAGCUUAGAGUCUGUGAUUGUGGGGGUAUUGAAGGGGAAUUGCGGCACCUCUGGAAAUCAAUAACUUUAAGGUCCAAAUGGUUGAAGGAGGCACCCUUGAGGAGGGUCUUGUUACAUCCCUGGUGUAGGACACAGGACAUCUGGGCACAGGACAUCUGGUGUAGGACACAGGACGUCUUGAUUCCCUGCUCUGCUCCAGCCUCCUGGGCAAGUCACUUAAUUGCUCAGUGCCUCAGUUUCCCCACCUGUCCAAUAAGGUUAAAUUAAUAAUACCCGAUACUGAGAAUACAUCUGUUAUUGUAAGUGAGGCCCUCAGAUACUUUGGGGAUGUGGUGGAACCUAGAGAGUUAAGUAACAUAAAGCUCUGGACCAUAGACCUCAACUGUAAGUUUUAGGAUUUAUAAAGUGACAGCAAAAAAAAAUAAAAACCAUAAUGAUUGGAUAGGUAGAGCCAGCCAGGGGCAUCACUAGAUAUCAGGUAAGUAAUUGCCAUCGCCAGACCUCGGUUUGCCCACCCCAACUUUUCAUAGGUGUAUCGGCUCCACUUUUUGCCUCCUGCCCCAGCUUUGCAGGGAAGAAGUGAUCACACAUAAUGUUCUAUAUGCUAACGCAACUUUGCCCCGCUCCUGGAAUUUUUCUGAAACGGUGCCUCUGGAGACAGUCGGCAAAAUCCAGGUCCGGGGGGAUCCUCAAAACAUGGGGCCAGCCGGCUCUGCGGUUUAGGGUCAUACCUGUUGCUCAAAAACCAUUAGAACAAAGAUCAGGAGGGUUGUGUGUGGACAGUGGACAGCCCGCAAACAAGCUGCCUGCCUGGGUGCGAGAGCCGAGGCGGGAAGGACAGGUGCCUUCUGAUCUGAUCACCAGACAGGUUUGUUAGUAACCCGGCGGGGUGGGGGGGUAUUUAUUUAUUUUCUUGGUAAUAACUUUUGUCUUGCGUAUUUCUUUAGCCGAAUCCACACGCAGACUUAACUGACCCCAUCGAAUGUUAAAGUUAGCUGGUCCUGCCCUCCGUUUAUUUACCUGCCACAGGCGAUUUUAGCCCCGGGCCUCAGUUUCCCCUUGCGAGAAUGCCCUCCUUGGUCAAGCGCUUUGAGAUCGACUGGUGCAAAGCGCUAGAUAACAGCUGGCUAGUACAUCUCCGCAGUCCCUGGGAACCGCAUGACAUCGUUAUAAUUUCUGAAGCCGUUAGAGGCCUCAACUGAGAUCAGGGCCCUGUUGUGGUAGGUGCUGUACAUACACAGAGGGUCCCUGCCCUGAUGGGCUUCCAGUCUCAAUACACAAGUGGUAGGAGGGGAAACUGAGGCACAAAGGGGUGGGGAAGUGACUUGCUCAAGGUGACUCAGGGAGUGCCGGGAAUAGAAUCUCUGGAUACCUGGUCCAGUGGGCGAUGCUGUCUCCUCUUGGCUUCAGCGGCGGCUGGGUCUUCUGACUCCCAUCCACGGGGCCCCUGCCCACAAGUCCUUCCCUCUGCUCUGGAGUGCAGAUUUCCGUGUGUCAACAACUACCUCAGGCCUCAGCUGCAGCAGGGCAAAGGCAGAGCCCUGGCCUUGGCUCGGGCAGGUAACCGAAGAAGGAGCUGUUUGCAGUUGUUUCCAAACGGCUUUAUUUGCUGAGUUUUUUAUCUUAAGGCAAAACUCCGUCUCCUGUUUCUAACCGGCCUGGCUGCGGUGUGCCCCUGGGAACCCAGACCCCUGGCAUGCACAGGCCCCAUGGCAGCCGGUGGAUCUGGGACGCUUCCAGUUUUGGGUGCCUGACUUGGGAUGACUGGGGCCUGGUUUCCACAGGUGUGGAGUAGUCAUUGCUGUUGGUGUUGGUUCUGACCCCCCCCUCCUCCCACAAUGUGUCUGUGGCCCCCGUUAUUCUGGUGUCAGAGACCCCACAAACUUACUGUAUUUAUCGCAAGUCAGGCACCCCAAAUUUGGGGCCCCUUGUAAAAAUUUGGGCCUUAAGUUCUUGUUUCUCAAAUGGCCGGAGUUCCCCUUUAAAAGCAACUGUGGCUAGGGUCUCCCCUGCUGGUUGUCACGGUGUGGUGGGGGCAGAGGGAGCCAGGGAGAGACACCCAUUGGGAAGGGGUGAUACCCCCCCAAAUUCCAAUGCAGAUCCCCUUUGGGAGGGCGCUGUCCAAACUGUCCCUACCCCGGCUCAACAGACCGCCCUUCCUUACUAUUAAAAUGCCACCCCCCUGAGCUGCACCCCCCGUUUCUGUUCCCACCUUCACUGGGGGAGUGACCCCCAGGUCUCUUGCCAAGAACCCGUUCCACAGGGUGUAUUUCCGUUGUAAGAUAAUAGCUAUCACACAGAGGAGAGGAUUAAUGUCCCUUGUUUUAAAAAAUGCUAUUUAUGUAAAGAAGAGAAACUGGCCGUAUCCCUGUCUGUCGGGCAAAGCGGGGUAAUGCAGCGGAUUGAUCAAAGGUAAUGGCCCAGCGGCAGGAAGGUGUUGGCCUCCCAUUGCUCCGUGGGGCUGGCGGUAAAACGCCAGGCUCUGAAAUCAGAGCGUUUUGGGGGCGUUAUUUUUGGUUGGUUUUUAAUGUUGGAUUUACAGCCUGGCAGUUAGAUUACCCAAAGGACUCAGCACCCAGCGGGAACCUGGCCCGCUGGGCAAUUUGGUGGAUUUGGUGCUUGGUGAUCUGGGCCCAGAAAGUUCUGGUUUGUUUGGGGUAAAUCAGCGCGACUUUUUGCCCCGGGGUCUGUUUUGCAUCUGUAGGUGACUGUGAGGUUGUGUGAGAGAAUGGGGCUGUGUGGGGUGGGGUGUAAGUUUGUUUCCCUGUGUCUGUAUGCAAGUGUGUGUGUGUGUUUGUCCCUAUGAGUUUAUGUCUCUGUGUCUGUACACAUGGGGGUGUGUUUGUGUAUGUGCAUGUGUGCCUGUCAAACAAUUGCCAAUUCUUGCAAUUUUAUCACACGUUUCACACUGUUUGUUUAUUAGUCAAAUCCCCAGCUCCUGGAGUCAGGUGAUUCUAUGAGACUCUUAGCUUUUUUUAAAGUAAGUUUCUAUCCCUCCUGUUCGCGGGGAAACUCUUGCAAACACAACCCUGAAAGGCGCUGACACCUUUUGGCAACUAAAAAUGAUUAUUUUUAAAGUCUCAUGACUUUAACACCAAUCUCCUCUCUUUUCGGGGCUGGACUGAUGAUUUUUUAACAUUUGAGGUUGGCAACACUGAUGCCCUCUCCUCCCGCUCCGUGUGUGCGCAUGCGUGAGUACGUGUGCAUGCAAAUGGACGCUGAUGCGUGUGAAUGUAACUUCUGAUGACGACUCACUCCAUGUUAAUGUUACAUUUGCUUUGUGGGGCUUAGCCAGGGAUGGUGACUUGACAGUUUUUCCCCGAACCCCUUUUCUGUCCCAAGCUCUGUUUCCUAUUGAAGGGUGGGAUUAACUGGAUCUAAAGACGAUGUACAUAUUGCCUUCUGGAUGUGUCACUAACAUACACUAUAGCGAAUGAUCCUGCACUGCCCCCAUCCACAAGAGAAAUGGACGUGUUUGAUCUCUGAUUUCCACCGGUCUCUCCUAGUCCACUCCCGGCUCUGAGCUUCUCCAUUAGUCUUCUUGAAACACACGUGUUUUUAAUGGUUCCAUGUAAAUACUGAGCAACAGCGAGCUGGAAAAUGCUUUUUCCCCCCUUCUCUUUGUUUUUGGUGAAUGGUGAUAGUUCCCCUUCCCCUCCCUGGAAUUGUCUAUUUCUUAGACUUGUGUUUAUUAGAGAGCUCAGCGGUGUGAUGUCCGUGUCGGGUCGGUGUUGCGUGUUAGAAGCUGGAUAAUUUGGAUUGUUUGUGCCCUGUUUACACCACGCUGCCCUCUAUUCGUUGGAGCUGCCAUGUUUUAUGGUGGAAUCUCUCCCUUUUUUUGUUUCUGAACCUGGGGGGGUCCUGCUAGCCCCCCCUGCCGCCUGGUCACCUCUGUGUGUAUGUACGCGCCUGGUGAUCCUGACCGAAGGGGCGUGUGACGAUUCUGGACCAGUGCUUGGUCAGGCUGUGAUGCAGGGGCAAGACACCCCCCCCACUUUGCCAGGCAGCCUCCUUUUGCAGCAGGACCCACAAACCCUCCCACCAAGCAGGUCGAGGGCCUGAUCCUGGUAGCUGCUGAGCUGCAGGUGGGUGGCAAUUGCCCCUCCAUAGGCUCGAGGGGGGUUGAGGAUGCUUGGGACCUGGCGAGAGGGGCUUAGCCUCUGGCAGCAUUGGUCUGAAAUGCCCCUUCUGGUGGGGGUGCCAUGCCAAGAUGGCUCUGGCUGAUGGCUGGUUUGGUAUGGGAGAGGGGUGACCAGUCAAUGAGGCAGAUGACAUCAGGCCUGAUUGCUGCCCCAAAAGGACCAUUUUCAGGGCUAUGGGGUGAGGUCAGGAGGGGAAGUCACAUAGGUGCCCCCCUCCCCUCAGCCCCUCAGUGCUUCCAGCCCAGGCAGGCUGAGGGCCCUGGCCUGGGUGUAGAUGACCUUGUGAGACCGUUUCUCUCCGGGGUGGGCAUGGCCCCAUGGAGCUUUCUGCCAGGAUGCGCCUAGUGGAGAGGCCGGGCGCCACUCGUUCCCUGUAGCCGGGGGCUGUGAUGGGCUUCGCCAGCAGUGGCGUUUUACACCAGGGGAGGAGCUGGCCCCUAAUUUAAAACGUUAAGUCCCCCCCCGGCCUCCCCUGUCUGUCGGUCCCUUCUCGUCCGAUUGAACGAAUGACAGUGACUUUUUUGUACUGACUCUUUUCUAUUCCUAGUUACUUUCUGAGCUGGGUUGCUAGACGCUCGGAGCCCUGAUGCUGUACAUUUCUUUUAUUUCUCGGUUGUGCGAGCUGAUCCCAUGUACCUGCCGGUGAAUGACUCCUUUUGUUACUUUUCAGUUACUUUUAUUAAAUUUAAAGCAAAAAAAAAAAAA